UGGAAUCCAUUCGCUCGCGGACCCUGCUUCCCCCACAACCAAUUCAAGACCGUACUGCUCCGGUGAGGUUUCCGUCCCAAUCUCCGGCGAGUUUUGGUUCCUCCGCCCUUGGCCAUUAUAUUGCUGCGCUUCGUCCAGUAGUGAGAUCAUCGAUGGGGAAGAAAGGUAUCAUGGUGGUGACCAGCAUCCUCGCUGUGAUGACGAUCGUGUUUGGAGUCAUCAGCGCGAUUCUCUUGGCGCUGAAACAUCAUCAAGAUGACCGUGGUGAGUUCUCUACGUACCGUCGAUCGCCGGCGAUGACAUGCGGCGUGGUAGCGGCCGUGUUGGCGUCAAUGACGCAAAUUCUUGCCAGCGUGGCCAUCUGCUGCUGUGGGGCGUGGAGGAGAACUAAGGGGGCCAAGCGCAUCGCCGCGGUGGUCUUCUUCAUCAUCUCAUGGGUCCUUGCGGUCAUAGCAGUGCUACUAUUUCUGGCAGGCGCCAUGUUAGGGUUUGAAGGCUCUGCAAAGAAAACUGUUGGGAAUGCUAGGAUUGUCGGAGGUGUCGGAAUUUUCGUGAUCGCGACGUUUUUGUUUCUUGUAGUUGCUUCCCUUGAGGUUGCCUCAUACCGCCUAGUUCGGAAGAAGGACCACUACUAAGCAUACGUUGGCAAUAAUCCUCCUCUGCUGCCAAGAACAUCUAAAGACGGUCGCAACGCUAUUGCUCUUGCACCGGCAAAUCAAGUCUAAGGUUAGCUCUGCCACCAUGGCAUGGUUGUCUUUGCCUUCCAAAUGAGGAGCACUUUGUAUGGACUGUGGUAGGUGGAAGGCCUAUGCUUUGACCCAUGCUACCAUUUUGCGUGUUUUGUGUGUUUGUUACGGUUUCAUUGAAAUCAUGAGAAAGAAUUUGAAAGUUUAUCUGCAUUGCUUGAAACA